AUGGCGGAGUGCGGAGCGAGCGGCGGCGGGAGCAGCGGGGACGGCCUGGACAAGAGCAUCACGCUGCCCCCCGACGAGAUCUUCCGCAACCUGGAGAACGCCAAGCGCUUCGCCAUAGACAUCGGCGGGUCGCUGACCAAGCUGGCCUACUACUCCACGGUCCAGCACAAAGUGGCCAGGGUGCGGUCCUUCGACCACGCGGGCCAGGACGCGGAGCGGGACCGCGAGUCGCCCUACGAGAUCUCCGUCCAGGAGGAGGUGACGCCCCGGCUGCACUUCAUCAAGUUCGAGAACAGCUACAUCGAGGCCUGCCUGGACUUCGUCCGGGACCACCUGGUCAACACAGAGACCAAAGUCAUCCACGCCACCGGGGGCGGGGCCUACAAGUUUAAGGACCUCAUCGAGCAGAAGCUGGGGCUGCGCGUGGCCAAGGAGGACGUGAUGACCUGCUUGAUAAAGGGCUGCAAUUUCGUGCUGAAGAACAUCCCCCACGAGGCCUUCGCGUACCAGAAAGACGCCGACCCCGAGUUCCGCUUCCAGACCAACCACCCCCACAUCUUCCCCUACCUCCUGGUCAACAUCGGCUCCGGCGUGUCCAUCGUGAAGGUGGAGACCGAGGACCGGUUCGAGUGGAUCGGAGGCAGCUCCAUCGGCGGCGGCACCUUCUGGGGGCUCGGGGCGCUGCUCACCAGGACGCAGAAGUUCGACGAGCUGCUGCAUCUGGCCGCCAGGGGGCAGCACGCCAACGUGGACAUGCUGGUGCAGGACAUCUACGGCGGUGCCCACCAGACGCUGGGGCUCAGUGGCAACCUCAUCGCCAGCAGCUUCGGGAAGUCGGCCACCACCGACCAAGAGUUCUCCCCCGAGGACAUGGCCAAGAGCCUGCUGCACAUGAUCAGCAACGACAUCGGGCAGCUCGCCUGCCUCUACGCCCGGCUGCACGGCCUGGACCGCGUGUACUUUGGUGGCUUCUUCAUCCGCGGCCACCCGGUCACCAUGCGGACCAUCACCUACAGCAUCAGCUUCUUCUCCAAGGGGGAGGUCCAGGCGCUGUUCCUGAGGCACGAAGGCUACCUGGGCGCCAUCGGGGCCUUUCUCAAGGGAGCCGAGCAGGACAACCCCGACCAGUACAGCUGGGGUGAGAACUACGCGGGCAGCUCCGGGCUGAUGAGCUCGUCCCCCGAGCUCGGCCCCGCGCAGGGGGCGAAGGGCGGCACGUUCGACCUCCUGGAGAUGGACCGGCUGGAGCGGCCGCUGGUCAGCCUGCCGCUGCUCCUGGACCCGGCGUCCUACGUGCCCGACACCGUGGACCUCACGGACGACGCGCUGGCCCGCAAGUACUGGCUCGGCUGCUUCGAGGAGGCCCUGGACGGGGUGGUGAAGCGAGCCGUGGCCAGCCAGCCGGGGUCGGCGGACGCGACGGAGCGGGCAGAGAAAUUCCGCCACAAGUACUGGGACAAGCUGCAGACGCUGCGCCUCCAGCCCUUCGCCUACGGGACCCUGACGGUGCGCAGCCUCUUGGACACGAGGGAGCACUGCCUGAAUGAGUUCAACUUCCCGGACCCCUACUCCCAGGUGAAGCAGAAGGAGAACGGCCUGGCGCUGCGGUGCUUCCGGCAGGUGGUGCAGGCGCUGGACGCGCUGGCCUGGGAGGAGCGGCAGCUGGCGCUGGUGCGGGGCCUGCUGGCCGGCAACGUCUUCGACUGGGGCGCCAAGGCCGUGUCCGACGUCCUCGAGUCUGACCCCCAGUUUGGGUUUGAGGAGGCGAAGAGGAAGCUGGAAGAGCGGCCCUGGCUGGUGGACUCGUACGACACGUGGCUGCAGAGACUGAAGGGGCCCCCUCACAAAUGUGCCUUAAUUUUCGCAGAUAACAGUGGAGUAGACGUCAUUUUGGGAGUCUUCCCCUUUGUCAGGGAGCUUCUGUCUAGAGGGACGGAGGUCAUCCUGGCGUGCAACUCGGGCCCCGCCCUCAACGACGUCACCUACGGCGAGUCCCUCCUCGUGGCCGAGCACAUCGCAGCCAUGGACCCCGUUAUCUACUCGGCGCUCCGGGAAGAGCGGCUGCUACUCAUGCAGACGGGCUCCAGCUCCCCCUGCCUGGACCUCAGCCGCCUGGACGAGAGGCUGGCGGUGCUGGUGCAGGAGCGCGGCACGGACCUGGUGGUGAUCGAGGGCAUGGGCCGGGCCGUGCACACCAACUACGGCGCCGCCCUGCGCUGCGAGAGCCUCAAGCUGGCCGUGCUCAAGAACCCCUGGCUGGCCGCGCGCCUGGGCGGCCGGCUCUUCAGCGUCAUCUUCAAGUUCGAGGUCCCGGCCGAGUGA